CUAGAAAAUAGUGAACGGAGUAAAAGAAAACAAACAAACGAAGGAGGAAAAUAAAAUUUUCAGUUUUUUCUACAUUUUAUAAGCAAAAUCAGUGUUGGCAGCUUGAUAAAAGACUUUGAAAACAGUUUGGUUGUGAUAAAAAUGAGCAGUCGCACGGUGCCAACGCAAAAAAUCAAUGCCUGUGGUGAAAUUGAUUUAACACCUGAAUUUUCACAGCACAUGAGCCAAUUGUGUAUGAGCAGUGAAUAUUCAGACGUGGCGUUUAUCGUCGAAGGUGUUAAAUUACCAGCUCACAAAAUACUACUCGCAGCGCGCAGUUCAUAUUUUCGUGCAUUGCUGUAUGGUGGUUUGUGCGAAACAAAUCAAAAUGAAAUUGAGUUAAAAGUUCCACUCGAAGCAUUCAAAGCCUUACUAGAGUAUAUUUAUACGGGCUGCAUGUCAUUGGCCAAAAUGAAGGAGGAAAACAUUUUGGAUUCACUCGGUUUGGCCAACCAAUAUGGCUUUGAAACAUUAGAAUUAGCCAUUUCAACGUACUUAACCAACAGUUUAUCAUUGAAAAAUUGCUGCGCCAUUCUCGAUGCAGCACGGUUGUACAAUUUAGACACACUCAGCGAUUUCACACUCACAUUUAUGGAUCGAAAUUCGACUGAUUUACUGAAUGCCAGCACAUUUAAGACAUUGUCACAAGACUCACUCUGCACAUUACUGCAAAGAGAUUCAUUUUUCGCGCCCGAAGUUAACAUUUUUAAUGCUGUUUAUGAUUGGUGUAAAAAUAAUCCAAACGCAGAUAUUGAGACGGUUGUAUCAUUCGUUCGUUUGCCAUUGAUGAAUCUCAAGCAAUUGCUAAGAGUCGUUCGACCAUGUGCAAUUUUGGAUCCAGACCGUCUUUUGGAUGCAAUUGAAGAGCAAACCACUUCAAAGAAUCUCGUUUAUCGUGGCGCCCUUUGGCCCGAAGAGAAUGUUGCUUCAGCCAAAUUCAACUCGAAAACAAUUAGAGGUGAAUUGCGAUCAGCACUACUUGACGGUGAUGUUACAAAUUACGACAUGGAAAAAGGUUAUACGCGUCACUCCAUCAACGAUGCCAAUGAUCUAAGCAUUAUAGUUGAAUUGGGUACAAUCAGCAUCAUAAAUCACAUGAAAAUGUUGCUGUGGGAUCGUGAUACGCGCAGUUACUCGUACUACAUUGAAACGUCAGUUGAUCAAAACAAUUGGCAUCGCGUUGUAGAUCACACAAAAUACAUGUGUCGUUCAUGGCAAUUUUUAUACUUUCCAUCACGAGCGGUUCGUUUCAUAAAGCUGGUUGGCACACACAAUACAUGCAACAAAGUGUUUCAUGUGGUUGCACUCGAGGCGUACUAUACAAUGCGAAUGCCGACUCUAGUCAAUGGUCUUGUGUUGCCUACGUACAACGUUGCAACCGUUGAAAUGUCAUCAAUGGUUAUCGAAGGAGUUAGUCGUACACGGAAUGCACUUCUCAAUGGUGAUGUCAAAAAUUAUGACUGGGACUCUGGAUAUACGUGCCAUCAAUUAGGGAGCGGUGUCAUAGUCGUUCAACUUGGUCAGCCGUAUUACAUUGGUUCGAUGCGAUUGUUGUUGUGGGACUGUGAUUCGAGAACGUACAGUUUUUUCAUUGAGACAUCUGUGAACCAAAAGGAUUGGGAAAUGGCUGUCGAUAAAAAAGACGAGCAGCUUCGAUCUUGGCAACAAUUCAUAUUUGAACCUCGACCGGUUGUAUUCAUUAAAAUCGUUGGCACUUACAACACAGCAAAUGAGAUUUUUCAUUGUGUGCAUUUCGAAUGUCCGGCCGAUUUGCCGAAACAAACAAUCGAAGCACAGAUAGCUUCGGCUUUGGCAUCAGCAAGCAAAAGUUCAUCUUCAUCGCACGCCAAAUCUAACUCAAGCUCUCUAGAGCCCUUAAACAUUGAUUCGGAAUAAAUAGUUAAACAAAAAAAAAGGUUUCUACUCGAACAAUCGAUCAACAACAUGUAAUCUCUAAAAACACACCACAUAUAUAUUUGCCCAAACCCUCAAAAUUAUUCUCAAAUUGUAUUCUCAAUUGUAUUAUUUUUACAUAGACAUAAUUCUUAACUCAAAUCAAAUCUAGUUCAAAUGAUCAAAUUGUAAAGAAAUAAUAAUCGGUUAUAACAAAUAUGAUUGUGCGAGAAUGUAUGUGAGACUUCUCCCGAGACUUCGUUAAGGUGUAACACAGCCAUACAAAAAAUCUCAAUUUUUAUAUGGUGGUGGUGCUACAUUUCAAUAAAAUCUCAAGUGAAGUCUUACAUUCGUUUGAGAGCAUUCAUAUUAUUCUGUUCAUAUUUCAUCUUAUUUAUUGAGGGCCAUUGGCAAUAAUAUUUAAUACUUUAUAGCUAUAUACAAUUAGAAUGUAAAUUAUUUUCAAAGUCUUGAAUAAAUUUACGCUUUUUUGAUUAUUAA